AAACCGCGGGAACCCACGACUUCGCCAUGUUUCGCAACUCCUCGGCCGUCUCCACACUUCAUAUUUUAGGAAUUGGAAUCUACUUCAUUCUUGGGAUCAAUGAAUUCACUGAGGCAGCGCGCGUCCCUGACAAAAGGGAGGCCGAGACAAUGGAUUGUGCAAUGGUUGGAGCACUUGGUAAUAGUGUUUGUGUAAUGUUGACGCCGAUGCCGGAGGACACAGGAGUUCGCGCUACGUUACUUAUUGGUGGCAGGCAAAUAGUGAGCGGCAUGUUUACAGGACGGAAUCCGCCACCCUUCCCGUGCAUCCCGAUCCUGGUGCCGAUAACGACUGCGGCCUGCCUGCAGCAGCGGGACGUGCGCCUGACGAGCGACGGGUUCCAGACCUGCCCGGAGGCGGCCAUCAUCAACGUGGCCGUCAUCCGGUUCCGGUGCAUCAACGUCGGCCGCGGGGGCGUCUCCUUCCAGACCGUCAACACCCCCAACACCAACGGAGGUGCCAUCGAGAUAGAUCUGUAAAAAUAUACUCUCCGUUCCCACUA